UCUUCCCUUUUUUUGCCGUGAAAUUUCUGGAAUUUCCCGGCUUUCUUUUCCCUCCCAAGUUUUGCCUCAGGGAAGCGGCAAAGUGACGGAAAUGUCACGGGCUCGUAUUGCCGUCCACCGCUUCCGCUGUAUCUACGCCGCAUUAUCGUCGAUCACCUCAUCUUCAUCUGCAGUUACACGCUUUCAGUUCCAAUGUCCACAACAACAUCUCACGCGCGCAUCCCUCCCCUUCCACUUCCACUAUCGUUAUUCUUCGUCUGUCCCCGAACAAACCUUGAACUGUGGUGUCGAGAAUUAUCCGAGUGGAGACUUUGAUUUCAAGCCUCUCACUGGCUGGAAAAAAUUCAUCGUCAAGCUCAAGAUGCUAACGGCCUUACCCUGGCACCGGCUCCGAUACGGCACCGUUUUGACAAUCAAGUUGCGCGGCCAGGUAUCGGAUCAGCGGAAGAGUAGGUUCUCUCGGGGAUUAUCUCUGCCUCAAAUCUGUGAUAAUUUCUUGAAGGCAGCUUAUGAUCCUCGAAUUUCCGGUAUCUAUCUCCACAUUGAUAUUUUAAAUUGCGGCUGGGCAAAGGUUGAAGAAAUUCGAAGGCACAUAUUCGAUUUCAGAAAGUCAGGUGUGUGAAAUUACUGUUAUGGUGGAAAAAAAAUGUAGUAACACGUAUAAUUUACGUAUAACUAUUUUUGUAGUGCUACGUUCUGUUUUACAAUAAUUUUAUCUGCCAGGGUCAAGUGAAUAAGUUAUGGUGAUAUACUGAUUGGCAGUCUGUGUGGUUUUAAUCACGUAUCCUCUAGAGGAUAUUCAAAAGAAUUAUUUACUUGUUUAAUGUUUUUUUUUCCAGUAUGUUGUUAAAGUGCAAACUGGUUAGCAUUUGUCUGUUGCCUGGAUCAGUGUGUUUUCUCUUCUACGAUAGAAAACUGAUGCUUGUGGUUUUCUGAGGCAAUAAUGCAACUGAAGUUUGUGCACCUCGAGUGAGGAUGCAUGAGAGUAUUAA